AUGUUUGAAUGUGGUCGUGAAGGGUGGUUGUUCAGUAUUACCUAUAUGUACAGAAUUUAUGUCGAAGAGAAUGGAAAAGAUUUGUUCAAGCUGACAGUUCGGAAUUUGGUGACGAAGCAGUGGGAACUUUUGGAAACAAUUGAUGUCAUGAGCUGGGAAUCAUGCCUAACAACAUUAUUGCAACCAUCUAACCGGCAAAAGAAAGCACUGGAGAAUUAUGAAGUUAUAAGACGACUGCUCAAUGAAAAAGAUGGCGAUCAUUCAAUGACGAACCAGAAGUGCAAAAGGCUGCAAACAUCUGCUGAAUCAAGAUGA